AUGGCAAAUGAUGUAGAGGAAAAUCCUGGACCCACAAUAUAUGAUGUGGUUGAUCCAACUAAAACAAUAUGUGCAGAUUUUAGCCAGGGAAAUACAAAAAAGUUUCGACAAAAUGCUGGUAAACAAUGUUUAGCAAUGUCUUUGACUGCGAUAAUAUAUAAUUAUAUCACAAAUGCAAAUACAUGGGAUUCAACUGUAUUAAAUUCAAUACUGUGUGCUGGAAAUAACCUUUAUUCUUUUAUAAGCAAUUCUGUUAACAAAAGCUAUUUGCUUUUGACUGACGUGCUUGAAAUGGUUUCGGUUUUUGAUGGCAUUUAUUGUAUGCAAUAUGGUGACCCGUUUGCUGGGGACUUAUUCAUGGCAAAUACUGCUCUACCUUAUUAUUCUAUAGAGAAUGCUCUUAAUAAUCUGUUCAUGGAAACUCAUUUAAAUUAUCAACAUUGUAUGUUGACUAUUGGUUCUAAUACUGUUGCAAUUUUUAAGACUUGUGAAGGAAUCUUUAAAGUAUUUGAUUCUCAUUCAAGAGAUUUAUAUGGGAUUCCACACCCUUUUGGAAAAUGCAUAUUAGCAUCUGUUGAUAGUAUAGAAAGCCUGGUGAUAUAUUUCCAGAGUACUGUACCUCCAGGUAAUGAAACACCCUUUGAAGUUAAAGGAGUAACUGUUCAGUUAAAUUGUGAUAUAACACAAGUAAGUGGACUUGCUUCAAGUGAAAUUGCAAAAGAGCAUGUAAAACAAAAAUGUUCAGAAGAAACUGAGAGUCAGAAACAAAGCAGACUGGAAAAUGCUAGAAAGUAUAAAAAAGCAAAGCAAACAGCAGAGACUGAAACUGAGAGGCAAACUAGACUUGAAAAUGCUAGGAAGUAUCGAAAAGCAAAACGAGCUUCAGAAACUGAGACUGAGAAACAAACUAGACUUGAAAAUGCUUGGGAGUAUCAAAAAACAAAACAAGCUUUAGAAACUGAAGAUCAGAAACAAACUAGACUUAAAAAUGCCAGGGAGUAUCGAAAAGCAAAACGAGCUUCAGAAACUGCACAUGAGAAACAAACUAGACUUGAAAGUGCUAGUGAGUAUCGAAAAGCAAAACAAGCUUCAGAAACUAAAAAUGUUAGAAAUUACGAAAAAAGAAAACGAGGACAGGAAAGUGAGAUUGAAAAGCAAACUAUAGUUGCCAGUGCUAAUCAGAACAAGAGAAAACGUUUGUGUGCUUCUACUCAAAUUCUAAGUCAGCAGGAUUAUUUAAACAAAUUUGACAUUGAAAAAGAUGGUAGUAUUUAUGAACAGAGUUGGGCAAAAAAUAACAUUAAUAAAUUUUCUAAAUCUAUUGAAUUCUUUAUUAAUCAAUGCACUAUAUGUCAAGAAGCAUGGCCACUGAACUCUAAACCAAGGUCACCUGAUUGUUAUAUAUGUUUUCGAUGUGCUCGAGACACAAAAUCUCCUAGAAAGUUUUCGAAAAUGCAAUGA